GAAAUAACGUACCUACAGUUUGUGUUUCAGGAUUUUGUGUUAAUAUUGUGUAUUUUAACUUUGUUAUAUUAUUUAUUAUCUACUAUUGUAAUGAUGGAAUUUGUUAUCGUUUUGAUAUUUUGUGUGGUUCUUGUGAUUGCUGUAAUGGUAAUUGGUUCCGGGAUGGGGAAAGCUACUUCGUCGCAGCGUCAGAUGGACAUCAUUAACGUCGCUCAGAACUUAUAUCUUUUAAUUAGGAAAGGCGACUUGAAGAAAUGUGACGUUACGCAGACGACCGCGUUUCUUCUCAACAUCGCAAAGUCAACUGUUCUCAAGUACUACAAGAAAGACAUUGAAGAAGUUUCAACACCAGGAAAAAAGAGGAAAAAAAGGCCACAGGAAGGAAAGUCACUUGACACAGUCGACGAUUUCACAGUAAAUGCAAUCAGGAAUGCAAUUUACAGGAUGUACGCUGAAGGUUUGAAUGUUACAGUCGACACCAUUUUGAAAGAAAUCAGGGAAAGACAAAUAGAUUAUUAUGGUGGAAGAUCAAGUCUUCAUAAAUUGUUAAAGAAGAUGGGAUUUUCAUGGAAAACUGUUGAUGGACGAAAAGCUUUGAUAGAGAAUGAAAACAUAGUAUUGCAGCGAAUAGAUUUCUUGAGAAAGUAUAAAGAAGAAAAAGAAAGAGGUGCCAAUUUCAUAUUUGUUGAUGAAACAUGGAUUUUCCAGAGAGGCAAGGCAUUAAUUUAUUUGAAAAUUUGUUCUGUGGUCCAAUACAAAGUAUUUCAUUUCCAUUUCAUAUAUUUUUCAGGAACUGUAUCAAAGUCAUGGCAGGACAAGAGUCUACAAUCUGCGAAGAGACGUACUGUUGGAGAUGGUAAAAGGUUUAUUGUUGUUAAUGCUGGAGGGCGCACUGGCUUUGUGCCAGGAGCAGGAUUACUUUUUGUUUCAGGUCAGAAGACUGCAGACUACCAUGGCGAGAUGAAUGGGGAAACUUUCUUGAUGUGGUUUGAAGACAUGUUGGUGCAUCUUGAGGAACCCAGUGUCAUCAUAAUGGACAAUGCUUCAUAUCACAGCACCCAGGUUGAGAAAACACCUACAACGAACUGGAUCAAGGCUGCACUGAUCGCGUGGCUGGAGAAGAAUGGGAUAAAACAUGAAAAUAAUUUGUUGAAAGUGGAGCUGCUGAGAAUAGCUAAACAAAACAAGCCCCGAAUACGAUAUGAGGUAGACGAGUUGGCUCGUAACUAUGGCCACGAAAUUCUACGACUCCCACCCUAUCACUGCCACUAUAAUGCAAUCGAACUAGUUUGGGCUCAAUGUAAACACCAUUACAAUAGUAACGUGGGGCGGGCCAAGAGAUUUGACAAUGAUGCAGUUGCAGCCAUCUGGAAAGAGGCUCUUGAUGCUUCCACACCAGAGAGAUGGGCGAGGUGUGUGGAUCACGUGGAGAAGCUAAUUCAAGCAGACUGGGAGAGAGAAGUCCACAUAGACAGCGGCACCAUUCCUCCACUCAUCAUCCACCUCGGCGAGGAUAGUUCAAGUGAAGACAGUGACAAAGAAGAAUUUUAGGUUACGACACAGCAAGUAGAUGGAGACAGUGAAGUACUGGCAGUUCCUCUUGAUGAUUUACCCGGGUGUUCUUAUUGAGGUCUGUAUGUAAUAAACACCUGGGCAACUGUAAGUGUUGGGGUUUGAAACAUUUUUUUUUCUUUUAUGCAUUCCCAUUAAGUAUGUUGAUUACUGGAACUUUAUGUAUUAACUUUAUAUUACACGUAUUAUGAAAUGAAUAUUAAAUUUCAUUUCUGGAUUCGUAUAGGUGUAUGUGAAACAUUUUAUUUUGUUGUGUGUCUUCAUUUUUCAGUGAACUUACUUGGAAAACAAAAAGCCAGUCCCCAUCCAGGGCCACAAAUAAAUAAUGCAUAUAAGUGGUAUAGAAAUUACUGUCAAUUCUUCACCACAAUUUUACUGUUCAUAAAAUUAUGAUUUUGUCUAAUAAGUAUACUCAGGAAAAUGUAUAUAACCAUAUUUUUAUUUGUGGCCUUAACCGGCAAAAUGGUAGGGGUUUAUUAAAUAAAAGAAGAAAAUUCAUUUUUAAAUGUUUUCAUCUGAAUUUGUUAAUUUUAUUAAACCUUCAAUCCUUAGUCUUUUCCAGAUUGCUUAGAUGGACAGCCAUAUGUAUAAUUUACAAUACUUUUUUUUCAGAUGCAGAAAACUGUGUUGAAC